GCCUCACUCCGCAGCGGCCGGGCCUGUCCAUCGCUCCUCCCCGGGCCCCGUCCAGUGACAGUCGAGACUGCGGGAGGUAGCGGCAGAGGAGGAGGAGGCCGGAGCCGGGAUGUCCGGGCAACAGCAACAACAGCCACCGCCGCCGCAGCUCCCCUUGGCGGCCGCCGCUCCCCCGCCGGCGCCGGGGAUUCCCUCUGCUGCCGCCGCCGUCGCCAACCCUGGUCCCGCACCGGCCGCCGCGCUCCUGCUCCACCCGCCACCGCCGCCGACCACCGCUGCGCCGCCGCCACCCGCCGCCGGCAGCGGGCCCGCGGCGACGGGGGGCGGCGGUACUGGCUCCGCGCUGGGCCUGUCGGCCGGGGCCAGCAGCAGCGGCGGCACCAGCGCCACGGCGCCGUUCCCACACGGCGACCCGGCCCUGAACGAGCAGGAGAAGGAGCUAAAACGGCGUUUGAAGAGGCUCUACCCGGCCGUAGACGAGCAGGAGACGCCGCUGCCCCGCUCCUGGAGCCCGAAGGACAAAUUCAGUUACAUCGGCCUCUCCCAGAACAACCUGCGGGUACACUACAAAGGUCAUGGAAAAACUCCAAAAGAUGCUGCUUCUGUUCGAGCUACACACCCCAUACCUGCAGCCUGUGGCAUAUACUAUUUCGAAGUGAAAAUUGUCAGCAAGGGAAGAGAUGGUUACAUGGGAAUUGGGCUGUCAGCACAGGGUGUGAACAUGAACAGACUACCAGGUUGGGAUAAACAUUCAUAUGGUUACCAUGGAGAUGAUGGACAUUCAUUCUGUUCCUCUGGAACUGGACAACCCUAUGGCCCAACGUUUACUACGGGCGAUGUCAUCGGUUGUUGUGUCAACCUCAUCAAUAAUACCUGCUUCUACACAAAGAACGGACACAGCUUGGGCAUCGCUUUCACAGAUUUACCGCCAAACUUGUACCCUACAGUAGGGCUUCAAACACCAGGAGAGGUGGUGGAUGCUAAUUUUGGACAACACCCAUUUGUGUUUGAUAUUGAAGACUAUAUGCGAGAAUGGAGAACCAAAAUUCAAGCACAGAUUGACAGAUUUCCCAUAGGAGAUCGGGAAGGAGAGUGGCAAACAAUGAUUCAGAAAAUGGUAUCAUCUUACUUAGUUCACCAUGGAUACUGUGCAACAGCAGAGGCAUUCGCCAGAUCUACAGACCAGACUGUGCUAGAAGAGCUAGCUUCCAUUAAAAAUAGACAAAGAAUUCAGAAAUUGGUUUUAGCAGGAAGAAUGGGAGAAGCCAUUGAAACAACACAACAGUUGUAUCCAAGUUUACUAGAAAGAAAUCCUAAUCUCUUAUUUGCAUUAAAGGUGCGCCAGUUCAUAGAGAUGGUGAAUGGUACAGACAGUGAAGUGCGGUGUUUGGGAGGCCACAGUCCAAAAUCGCAAGAUAGUUACCCUGUUAGCCCUCGGUCAUUCAGUAGUCCUAGCAUGAGUCCCAGCCAUGGAAUGAAUAUUCACAAUUUGGCAACGGGCAAAGGGAGCAGCACACACUUUCCUGGGUUUGAAAGUAGUUGCAGUAAUGGAGUAAUAUCAAACAAAGCACAUCAAUCUUACUGUCACAAUAAACACUCGACCACCAGCUUGAAUGUACCAGAGCUCAACAACAUAAAUGUAUCAAGAUCACAGCAGGUUAACAGCUAUUCCAGCAAUGAUGUAGACAUGGAAACAGAUCACUACUCCAAUGGGGUUGCUGAGACUUCAUCCAAUGGCUUCCUAAAUGGUAGUUCUAAACAUGAUCACGAAAUGGAAGAAUGUGACACAGAAAUGGAAGUAGAUUCAAGUCAGUUAAGACGUCAGCUAUGUGGUGGCAGCCAAGCCGCUAUCGAAAGAAUGAUCCAUUUUGGAAGAGAAUUGCAAGCAAUGAGCGAGCAGCUAAGAAGAGAAUGUGGCAAAAACACAGCAAAUAAGAAAAUGCUCAAGGAUGCAUUCAGUUUACUUGCAUAUUCGGAUCCCUGGAGCAGCCCUGUUGGGAACCAGCUGGACCCGAUACAAAGAGAACCUGUGUGCUCUGUACUGAACAGUGCAAUCCUCGAGACUCACAACCUGCCAAAGCAACCGCCACUUGCCCUAGCCAUGGGACAGGCAUCACAGUGUCUAGGAUUGAUGGCUCGAUCAGGAAUUGGAUCCUGUGCAUUUGCCACGGUGGAAGACUACCUACACUAGCUAUGCAUUUGGAGCUCUGAAAGGUGUUGUGGCAUAUUCAACAUGGAGAGUAGACCAGCUCUGCUGACUGGAAUUUGGAUUUUUCAUUAUGUACUAAGGACAAGUCUGUUGCUUUAUGUUGCUUCCUAGUUUACAGCAUGAUGCAAAUGAUUUCUAACUUAGUGUUAGGAGAAAAUUUCCAUCUUUAAACCUCUUAGACAACUAAGAGCGGAGAGUAUCACUGAUAAUGUCAGACAUUCAAAUUGAUAAGUACCAAUCCUUGAAAAGAUUGUUCAAAACAGACCAAAAGUCCUGCUGCCUUGUGGUGGGAUGGAAGAGAACACGGAUGGAUCAGCAGGUGGGUGAACACCAAGCAGGAUGACUUGCCAACCUCCACCCCCAUUGUUACAUAGUUCAGUCAGUGUAAUUUGCAAAAUGCAUAAACACCUGAUGGUUUGGAUAUAUAGUGUUGAUGGGAAGAAACAAUAUUUUUUAAUGUGUACUGUAAAACUUGAAUUACUCAGGAGCUGAGUGAAUAUGUUUGUUGCUACUUACAAUCCCAAGCUGUUGAUCUUAGUAGGGGUUUUUUUUGUUUGUUUGUUUUAACAUGGUCUUUUCAACUUUGUUUCCUUGUUUAACUACAAGACAGCUUCUGUUGUGUAGACUCACCAGUUUAACUGUUGUAUUAUAACAGUAUUACAUGUCAACACAGUGUGGUUAUGACCUAUUUAUAUAAAAACCAAAUAUUUAGUCAAUUUACAGUCUUAAUUUAAUCUUUGUACACCUUGCAUUUUUAAAAGUGCUUAAAUAGUACUAUAUUGCAAUAAAAUGUAGUGAUAUCAUAAUUAACCAGCCAUUAAAAACUUACUUCUACAUACAUGGUAGCAUGGACUUGUAUGCUACGGUGCCUUGGUCCCAGAGUUCUGUCCUGGAACAGCAGUUCUCGGGUAAACCCCUGAGCCAGAACACCUUGCUGGUUGAACUGGGGAUGCCACUUUCCUAUAUCAGAGCACAGCAGGACUUGAGCUGGCAGCAGCUCAGUGCUUACUGCAGGUCUAUCACAGCAGAAUCAAGUUUCUGAGGGGAGCUUAGUCAGCACUCCCUAUAGGUGGCGGGGGGGAAGCCUUAUUUAUUUCUUGGAAGUAAUCAUCAAGCUAGACAGAAGGGUCCUGCUGUGUGGGCUGUCUUAAUUGUUUUGGUAUUAGAAUACAGCCUUAGAGGUGCAAAUAACUGAAAACACAGGAGUGAUUGUUUUAAGAAAUGCAGUAUCCAGAAGAGUCAAUACAAUGUUUAUUCUCUGCAAAGUUACGUUGCCUCAUGGAGGCAGCUCUACAAGCAUGGUCCUAACACCAGCUCCAGCUGUUCUAAGUCAGUAUUAAAGACACACAAGUCACUCCCCUACCCCAGUUGUUCCUUGAGGGAGGGAAGAGAACAGGGAAGCCAGUUUGGAUGCAGCUUUGUGGAAAUUAGUGCCUCCUGUUGGCUGGAGCUGAAAGCAGAGUGAUAAUGAAGUAGUAGAAAAAA